AUGGGACAGUGUCUCAGUGGCCAAUGGCUGUGUGGGUGGUACGUACUGACUGUACGGAGUAUGUUAUUGUAUCUGUAUGUGAAUGUACGAUCCCUCAGUGUGACAGGAUGACACAGAAUGGACUUCUGUUCCGGGGAGCUGGGUGCGGUGCUGCCAACUGUCUUGGGCCACCACGUCUUAGGGCGAUGGGAGAUGCGUACGAGCUGAAACUGACCGAAGACUCUGUAAGUGUUGUUUCUGCAGACAAGGAUGUUCUGCAGUGA